AUGGGUCUACUGAACUCUAAAAACCCCCAAAGCAAGCAAGCCCACAUUCUUCUGCUGGGACUUGACUCAGCUGGGAAAUCCACCCUGCUUUACCGGUUAAAGUUUGCCGAGACUCUUGCGACCAUCCCAACCAUCGGCUUCAACGUGGAAAUGGUCCAGCUGCAGAGCAGUCUUACACUCACUGUGUGGGAUGUUGGAGGACAGGAGAAGAUGCGAACUGUCUGGGACUGCUACUGUGAGAACGCGCACGGGCUGGUGUACGUGGUGGACUGUUCCGAAGGCAAAAAGCGACUGGAGGACUCUCGCAAAGAGUUCAAGCACAUUUUGAGGAACGAGCACAUCAAAAACACGCCGGUCGUCAUAUUAGCCAACAAACAAGACUUGCCAGGAGCGCUGAGCGCUGAAGACAUCACCAGGAUGUUCAAGGUGAAGAAGCUGUGCAGCGACAGGAACUGGUAUGUGCAACCCUGCUGUGCAGUCACAGGAGAAGGGCUGGAUGAUGGCUUCAGGAAAUUGACUGAGUUUGUAAAAAGCCACCGGAGGACAAGAGAGACCUUAGCAAUCUUCAAACAGAAAUGA